GGAGCGAGAAGCAAGGAGCGGGGAGUGCUGGUGCCUGUGGGGAAGGGGCCGCCGAGAAGAAGGAGGGGACAGGGCCAGAGCAGGGGUCUGAGGGGCCCCAGUGCGCGGCCGAGGCCCGCCCGCUUGGGUGCAGUGCCCAAUCUAGAGCCGCACCGUCCAGCCUCGAGCCGCCAGGAGGUUACGGGGCCUGGGCCGGGGCUGCGAUCUCCGGGGAGGGGGCGGGCACGCGGGCGGGGCGCGGGGCUGCUGCUGGACUCGGCCCAGCCAGCGCUGAAGAGGAGGAGGAGGAGGGGAAGGAGGCGGAGGGGAGGCGUGAGGUGGCCCCUGCCCACGCCCCUCUCGGGCCCCUCUCGUGCCCUCGGGAGGGGCAGCCCCCCACCCACAUUUCCUGCGCGGGGCGUUUAAAGGACCGAGAAUACGGCCCGCCUGGGUCCGCGUUGUCCUUCCCUGCCCUGCUCUGCCCCGCUCUGUCCUGCCGGCCCGGGCUGGGAUGGAGCCCGCCGCCCCCUGCUCCCGCCCGCUCUGGGCCCUCUGACCCACUGCUCGCCCACCGGUCCGCCGCGUUCCCCCGGCUGUCAGUCGGUCUGUGUCCCCAGGGCCAUGGGGGCUGUGAGGCCGCUGACUGUCGGGCUGCUCCCGUUACUGCUGCUGCUGCUGAGCUCCUCGUGUGGCUUGAUCUCUGGAGAAGUGUGCCCGAGUAUGGACAUUCGGAAUAACCUCACACAGUUGAACAUGUUGGAGCACUGUUCUGUGAUUGAGGGCAACUUGCAGAUACUGCUUAUGUUUAAGACAAAGCCUGAAGAUUUCCGGGACCUCAGUUUCCCCAAACUUACCAUGAUCACAGAGUACUUACUGCUCUUUCGAGUAUAUGGACUUGAGAGCCUCAAGGACCUUUUCCCUAACUUGACAGUCAUUCGUGGAUCUCGCCUCUUUUUCAAUUAUGCCCUGGUCAUCUUCGAGAUGGUCCACCUCAAGGAGAUUGGCCUCCACAGCCUGAUGAACAUCACCCGUGGGGCUGUGCGCAUCGAGAAGAAUAAUGAGCUGUGUUACUUGUCAACCAUCGAUUGGUCUCAGAUUCUAGACUCAGUGGAAGACAACUAUAUUGUGGAUAACAAAGAUGACAAGGAAGAAUGUGGGGAUGUCUGCCCAGGCGCAGUGAAGGGAGUCAACAGCUGCAAGUCUACAGUGAUCAAUGGCCAGUUUAUUGAGCGGUGCUGGACUCACAACCAUUGUCAGAAAGUGUGUCCACCCUCAUGUAAGUGGCAGGGCUGCACGGCAAGUGGACAGUGUUGCCACAGUGAAUGUCUGGGGAACUGCUCGGAGCCCAAUGACCCUGAGAAGUGUGUGGCCUGCCGAAACUUCUAUCUGGAUGGCAAGUGUGUGGAGACUUGCCCUCCAAACUAUUACCACUUCCAGGACUGGAGAUGUGUGAACUUCAGCGUCUGCCAGGAGCUCCACAACAAGUGCAAAAAUUCCCGGAAGCCAUCGUGCCCCCAGUAUGUCAUCCACAACAACAAGUGUAUCCCUGAAUGUCCCUCUGGCUAUACCAUGAACUCUACCAACCUGCAUUGUACUCCCUGCUCGGGUCCCUGUCCAAAGGUCUGCAACAUCGAGGCUGACCGGACCAUCGACUCGGUGCAUGCUGCUCAGGCCCUGCGAGGGUGCACCGUCAUCAAUGGGAGCCUAGUCAUAAACAUCCGUGGUGGCAACAACAUAGCAGCUGAACUCGAAGCCAAUUUGGGUUUGAUUGAAGAGAUCACGGGGUACCUUAAGAUCCGCCGUUCCUACGCCUUAGUAUCCCUCUCCUUCUUCCGGAAGCUGCACCUCAUUCGGGGAGAGUCUCUGGAAAUCGGGAACUACUCCUUCUAUGCCCUGGAUAAUCAGAACUUAAGACAGCUAUGGGACUGGAGCAAACACAACCUCACCAUCGCCAAAGGGAAGCUCUUCUUCCACUAUAACCCCAAACUCUGCCUGUCUGAAAUCCACAGAAUGGAAGAAGUUUCUGGCACAAAGGGUCGGCAGGAGAAGAAUGAUAUUGCGUUGAAGACCAAUGGUGACCAAGCUUCUUGUGAAAACGAGCGGCUCAAGUUUUCUUCCAUCAGAACCACUCAUGACAAGAUCUUAUUGAGGUGGGAGCCUUAUUGGCCUCCUGAUUUCCGAGACCUCUUGGGAUUCAUGCUGUUUUACAAAGAAGCGCCUUACCAGAAUGUGACUGAGUUCGAUGGCCAGGAUGCCUGCGGGUCCAAUAGCUGGACAGUGGUUGAUGUUGAGCCCCCAGUGAGAUCGAAUGAUCCCAAGACACAGAAUCAACACCCAGGAUGGUUGAUGCGAAACCUGAAGCCAUGGACCCAGUACGCCAUAUUUGUGAAGACUCUAGUCACUUUCUCUGAUGAACGGAGAACAUAUGGUGCCAAAAGUGAAAUAAUUUAUGUCCAGACCAAUGCCACUGUUCCUUCAGUCCCAUUAGACCCAAUAUCCGUUUCCAAUUCUUCAUCCCAGAUCAUUUUAAAGUGGAAACCACCCUCUGAGCCAAAUGGUAAUAUUACGCACUACUUAGUGCACUGGGAGAGGCAAGCCGAAGACAUCGAGCUCUAUGAACUUGAUUACUGCCAUAAGGGGUUAAAGCUGCCAUCCAGGACCUGGUCUCCUCCGUUUGAGUCUGAAGAUUCUCAAAAACACAAUCAGAGCAACCAUGAGGACCCCAAUGGCGAGUGUUGCUCUUGCCCAAAGACUGACUCCCAGAUCUUGAAGGAACUGGAAGAAUCUUCCUUUAGAAAGAUGUUUGAAAAUUACCUCCACAACGAGGUUUUCAUCCCCAGAAAAGCAUCCUCAGGGAAUGGCGCUGACGACUCUAGGCCGGCGAGGAGGCGAAGGGAUCUCCGGGUUCGCGUGGCAAACAUGACCGUGGUGACACCCACGGAGUCCUCCUUCUCGAACACCUCUUCCACCACGGCGCCGGCCAGCACGGAGGAGCCCAAGCCCUUCGAGAAGGUGAAAUCUAAGGAGUCCCUGGUCAUUUCUGGCCUUCAGCAUUUUACUGGCUACAGGAUCGAGCUCCAGGCAUGCAACCAUGACGAGCAAGAGUCCAGGUGUAGCCUUGCCGCGUAUGUCAGCGCGAGAACCAUGCCUGAAGCCAAGGCUGAUGAUAUUGUCGGGGCAGUGAUCCAUGAGGUGCUUGAGAACAACGUUGUCCAUCUGCGGUGGCAGGAGCCCAAACAUCCCAAUGGCCUUAUUAUUCUCUAUGAAGUCAAUUACUGGCGCGUUGGAGACACUGAGGAACUGCAUCUCUGUGUUUCCCGCAAACGUUAUGCCAAUGAACAAGGCUGCAGAUUCCGAGUUCUCCAGCCAGGCAACUACACCGUUCGCAUCCGAGCUACCUCUUUGGCGGGAAAUGGUUCGUGGACUGAACAUACCUACUUCUACGUUGCAGAUUAUUUAGAUGUCCCAUCGAAUAUUGCAAAAAUUGUCAUCGGCCCAGUCAUCAUUAUCAUUUUCUUGAUCAGCGUGGUUGUAGUUCUUUAUGUCGUUGUGAAGAAGAGGCAAACGGAAGGACCGACGGGCCCCCUGUUCGCCUCUUCCAAUCCAGAAUACCUCAGUGCCAGUGAUGUUUAUGUACCAGACGAGUGGGAAGUCGCUCGAGAGAAAAUCAGCCUCCUCCGUGAGCUUGGCCAAGGCUCUUUUGGCAUGGUGUAUGAGGGCAAUGCCAAGGAUAUUGUCAAGGGGGAGGCCGAGACCCGCGUGGCCGUGAAGACCGUGAAUGAGUCUGCCAGCCUCCGGGAACGUAUUGAGUUUCUGAACGAGGCCUCCGUCAUGAAGGGCUUCAGCUGCCAUCAUGUGGUCCGCCUCCUGGGGGUGGUCUCCAAAGGGCAGCCCACCCUGGUGGUCAUGGAGCUGAUGGUGCACGGGGACCUGAAGAGUUACCUCCGCUCCCUGAGGCCAGAUGCAGAGAACAACCCUGGUCGUCCUCCUCCCAGCCUCCGGGAGAUCAUACAGAUGGCUGUGGAGAUCGCCGAUGGCAUGGCCUAUUUGAAUGCCAAGAAAUUUGUUCACAGGGACCUCGCUGCCCGAAAUUGUAUGGUUGCCGAAGACUUUACUGUAAAGAUAGGAGACUUUGGGAUGACCAGAGACAUCUAUGAGACAGAUUAUUAUCGAAAAGGGGGCAAGGGUUUGCUCCCAGUGAGGUGGAUGGCGCCAGAAUCUUUAAAAGAUGGUGUCUUUACUACCUAUUCGGACGUGUGGUCCUUUGGUGUGGUCCUGUGGGAGAUCAGCAGCCUGGCUGAACAGCCUUACCAAGGCCUGUCCAAUGAGCAGGUCCUGAAGUUUGUAAUGGAUGGAGGGUACCUGGACCAACCUGAUAAUUGUCCAGAGAGAGUGAACAGCCUAAUGCAGAUGUGCUGGCAGUACAACCCCAAGAUGCGCCCCACCUUCCUUGAGAUCAUCGAGAUGCUAAAGGAUGACCUUCAUCCCAGCUUCCGGGAGGUCUCCUUUUUUUACAGUGAGGAAAACAAGCCUCCUGAGAGCGAGGAGUUUGAGAUGGACUUUGAAAACAUGGAGAGCAUCCCCCUGGACCCUUCUUCUUACUCGCAGAGGGAUGAGGUCCUGGGGAGGGACAAUGGGCCAUCGCUGGGCCUUAAGGGGAACUAUGAGGAGCGGAUACCUUAUACCCACAUGAAUGGGGGCAAGAAGAACGGACGCAUCCUCUCCUUGCCACGGUCAAACCCUUCCUAACGUUUCCCUCUUGGGGAUGAGUGUUUCGGGCUCCCCCUGGGGCUUUGAUGUUCUCACCGGAUGGACGGCCUGCCCCGCUCCGGGAAAUCUCAGGAUUCCUCUGAUUGCUGCCACCGUGUGACUGACACACGACUCAGACCCUCCCCUCCUUCCCAUUUCUCCCCCUUCUCGAUUCUGUGCAGUCGGCCCAGUGAUUCCGGCCACGUUCUUUCUGUCAUACCUGGCUGUCUGUGGACCUCACUGUGAAACCCGUGUCCUGGGGCUGCCGGCCUUCUGGUCACCACCUCGCAAACGGGAAGCUCCGAGAGAAGUUGGCUGGCCGUGUUUGUGAGCACAGGACAUUUUUGCCAGGGUCCAGGUUUCUUCGAGGAAAGCCCUUGUUUGUGGGGGGGAAAAACUUUCAAAAAUGGGGGCAGGGGGAGCCAACCAACCAAACCACAAACGACCCAUACUCAAAUCCUUUUCCAGCAAAAUUCCAGGCUUUUCAGGAUGCUCCCCAGAAAACGUUUUUGUUUAAGACUGAAACAUUUUUUAAGAAAAAAAAAAACACAAAUCAGUUAUGUUAGUUCCUCAGAUUGACCAAUAGCUGCUGCUCUCACACUUUUUCAUGGGUCUCAAGCCCUUGAUUGUGUGCGCUUGUGUGUAUGUGUGCCCGUGUGAGUGUGCACACGUGUGUCUGUGUUGUGUCUGUACUUCCAGCGUGUCUCCCUCAGUGUAUACACAUCAAUGGAAGACUCUUUUAUCAUUCUCACAGGGGCUUUGGACUCCUUAGGGGCAUGUGCCUCUUUCUCCUCCUCUAGUUUGUGGGGGUGACUGUGCCCCCAAACCAAUGGUUUUUUUUUAUGAGACCGUCAUGCUUAUCCCUUCCCUCUCUCACUUUCUCGUUUAUGUUUGGAGAUUGCGUUUUCCGGGAGCCAGGAUCUCUGGGGGUAUAAGUGGAGAAAAGUGGGGUUCAACUUGAAGCUGGGGAUCCUUUCAAGACCAAAAAAAAAGCCAGGAAAAAAGUCAGUUGGGUGGAGAUCUCCAGCUCUCUCCUUCCCUUACCCCCGGCCAUGGCAACCUAGAACACACCUUUGUUGGGUUUAGACAUAUUUAAUUUUUUAAAGUUUUAAACAUUAACUUCAUCUAAAUUAUUGACUGUUUUUGAUUCUUAGGUUUGGGCUUUUUUGGUCUGUGUUCUGCAGGUGUGGUUUCUGUGGUCUGAGAGUGAACUGAUUUUAGCUGAUCACAAGCCAAGGAGCCAAGAGGCAUAAGUUGACUUUGUACUUGAUGAGGCUUUAGAGAUAGGUUCCUGAUUUAUUUCAUUUGUGUGUGUGUGCGUGUAUGUACGUGUGUGUGUGUAUGUGUGCCAAGAGCUGUGAGCUGAAGCCUCAGUAGGGGCAGGUGUGAUAGACACAGAUCUCCUCUCUCUUCUCUCACUCCUCCUUCUGCUCUCUUCAUCGUCCCUUCUCCUUUUCAUCUCUUAGUGUUCCCUCUCUCCUAGCCUUUCCUCCCUUCUUUUUCCUCCUCUUAUCUCCUUUUGCUCCCUCUUAUUCUUUCUUGUUCAUUUUCUUCUCCCCCUGCUUCACUCUCCAUUUUUCCUGCUCCUGGACCCAUCUCCCCUUUUCCUCCUUCUUGGAUGCUCUCAAAUAUCCCUUUCAUUCCCAUAUCUGUCCAGCUUUCUCUCUCUCUAUUGUGUGUUUUCCAUAAAUGCUAGAGGAAAAGUAUAUAAAUGCAGGAGGAAAGCCCUCCCGGCCCAAAUACUCUGAAAAAACAACAUAGACCCUCAUUAACAAGUGUCUGUAGAGAGCAUCUGAAGACAGAUGUUCUAUCCUGACCUGUGUCUUCUCUGCAGGGCAGAUGGGGAGAAGCGGUAGCUUCCAAGGCUCUCCCAGAUGGUGACUUGCUCCCUGGCAAAGGCUUCGCCUUUGACCAGCGCAGCUCCAUCUUGACCUGGAGCUGGGCAAAGGUAGAGCCUGCUGGGUGGAUGGUGAGGAGUGAAAUACAGGCCUUAAUGUCCAUGUAUUGUGGUUUAUCUAUGGCCCUUAAACCAUAGCUGUUCCUCAUUGGGUAACUAUGGCAACUCGGAGCAGAUACCAUAAUCCAGUUUCUCAGAAGGUUGCUCCCAUCGAUCGCCCCUGAGGUUGUGGUGGCAUCUGCUCUCCCUUGACCACGCUCCCUUGCUUGCCCACUCGUUCUCAGGUGUUCCGUGGCCUGCAGGCUUCCGGAUGCUGCUUCUCCCUUCCCAAAAUUGUGAUUAAGAACAGGAUUGAGAAGUAAUAAUGAUCUCCCCUCCAGCCUCAUAACUUCUUGGUCAGGGAUACAAGUGAAAAAGAAAUCUGGACUAUGCACGGGGGAUUCCCCCUUGUACAGACAGCAUGAAAGUGGUAGUCCUUGAAAGAUUGUAGUGGGUUUGAUUGGGCAAAAGUGCAAAUGGAAGAGGGCAUGCACUCAAAAGUCACCCUGAGGAGAUCGAGGUAGGGCUUUGUGUUUUCCCUAGUAGCCUGUAGGUAGUAGUGAGUGGCUCAACACUACAUUAUCAGGAAAGAAGAGAGAUGUAUUCUCACAUUUUUUCUAAUUCAGAAAGGUUUUCUUAUUAGGAAAAUAAAAUUUAUUUAUUUUAAUAUAAUAUAAAUCACUGUAAAAAUUUGUUUUCUUAAGAAAUCAAAAAGUGUGUCAAUUUUUAUUGCUGAAAAAUUUGCAGGAGGAUGCAGUGUGAUGAUGUUUUUUCCUCUUCUGUCACAGUCUACCUCAGUCUUGUAAGGAUGUCUUCAAUGAGGGAUGGGUUUGGACUGGAAGCAGCUUUGUCUGGCGCCAGUUUGAACCAGAAUGAUUAAUGUCAGUGGAUGGCAAUGCUGGGGACCUACAGGAGCCAGUGUGGGCAGACUCAGUUAGAAAGAUGUGGUCCCUCCUCAUGUGAUCUAAUGAGUGGAAUAGGGACCCCCAUAUGUGUUGUUCCCCCAUUCCUCUUCUAACCUUUCCCCCAACCCCGUUAUAAAAUAGAAUACCAUUUCAGAAUCGCCAUAAUUUUUUACCUUGCCAUAUGGCUCUAGUCCAUGCUGUUUCUCCCAGGGAGACUCAGUAAGAGAUUGCCAUCUGAAAUGAAGCAUCCAUGUCUCUCCUAGUUCCUACCCUCAGGAAUGGAUCCAAUUCUUCCGUCAGAACUUUGUGGUCUCAGCCACCUGUUAGAGCCUCAUGAGUACAAAUCUGUUGUUUGGUUUGGUCAUUUGGGGGGAAGUCUUCACGGGGGAGGGAGGGUGCAGAACUUACAAAGGUUGAGCUAUUGCCAUUGUUUAAAAAAAAAUGUGUACUUUCCCCAUUUGGGCCCCCAGGUGCACUUGGUGCUGGACCUCUACUCAAAUGUACAACAUGAAUUUUUUUUUCCAUCUUAUUCUUUGGAUGGAAGAAAUGCAAUUAAAAAUGCUAAUUUUUACAAUGCAGCAUAUAUUCAAAGAAAAAAAGAGGAAACUGGCACAGCCUGGAUUGGCUAUUAAGAGACCUUAAUCUGACCUCUCUUGCCCCUCUAAAACACAGGACUCAGACUGUUCAUUGGAGCAGGGUGACCAUGUUCUGGGUUUAGCCUGUGAGGGCUGGGAAGCUCAAUACUAAUAGGAGUCUCUAUACUCCACGGGCAUCAUAAAGUGCCAAAAUCAUUAACAGCUUGUUUUUUUUUUUUCCUUUCCCUAGUAUUUUACUGUGCACAACAGAAUUGCUUCAAUCUGUCUCUCUCUUUCUUGAGUUGUGCAUGUAUGUGCUUGCACAUUGUGGAUAUAUGUAGCAAGGCUUGGUUAAUGCAGAUCUGUGAGGGAGAAGCUUAUUAAUGGAGUGAAGAGUAGGCAGAAAUCUUGCAGAAAGCCAGUGUUUGCAUCUUGUUGAGUGUGAACCUUUGGUCCUUGAGUGUGAACCCUUGGUCCUUGAGUGUGAACCCUUGGUCCUUGAGUGUGAACCCUUGGUCCUUGAGUAACCGGUGUGACAGCUACGUGGGUAGCUUCAGUGAUAAGACUAAAUCGGUGCUUCGGAUGACCAGCUGUGGCUGAGACAACCCCAAGUUUGGUGUAGGUGUAGGGAAGAGGCAGUCCACUUAGCUUUAACCUUCAUCUGGCUGUGAACAGGGAGAAUCCUAGGGAAAAAUUAUUUCAUCUGUCAAAAAAACAGAAUUUUCUCUUCUUGGAUCUGAAGGUUCCAACAAGAAUGGGGAAGGGGAUCUAAGAACUGUGUUUGGAGGAGGUCAUGGGCUUGGAUGUGCCUCUGAUGAGAUGUCCAGGCAGGGGACAGAGGAGGGGGGAGAAGAAGCAGGAGUGGGAAGGGAAUUGUGCUUCGGCUGUAUUCUCUCCCUAAGUCUCAGUGCCUAACUGGGUGACAGCUGGUAGACUUCAGCCUUAAACAGUUAUUGUCCUCCGAUCUCAGCAUUCUACUGCAUUCUCUCUCAGCUAACUUGGCCGUAUUCAGCUGAGCUCGGCUGUGGAAAGCUUUGGCCUCUAAUAGUGUGUGUGGGAAGCAGAUUUACAGGGAUUCUUGAGCUCUGAUGGCCAGCUGGCUCGUUUAGUUUCUGAAAGGAGGGACUAAAGUUAACAAGUUUCCCUCAGGAUAGGAGAAAGACAACUUUGAAAGAUCCCUGAGACCAACUGAUUAUGGAGACUUCUGUCAUUCUUCCUCAAUGAGUUCUGGGCCGUAAAUAUUCUUGGAUAGGGUUUCUCAGAGGCUUUGGUGAGCGGUGAAGAGAAGACUUCAUCUUCCUGCUCCUUCGGGGGCCCAGCCCCAGUCACCUUGUACCAAAUCCGGCCGAACUAAACCUCAGCCAGGUUCUUAUUCCAGAUGCUUUGGAAUUCAGCUGGAGAAAGACGUGACGCUUUAGGGGAUGAUAAGAUUCAUUACAACUUUCUAUAUAUUUCAGUUAGAACUGGUCUCUCUUGCUUGGCUCUCCCUAACUCUGGUGACUCGGAACCCUGAGUCCUUUGUUAUUUUUCCAGUGUUUGAUUGUAUCUGUAUAAUUAAGACUCCCGUGGAAAGGCCCAAGAAAAAGAUGGGAUGGCUUCAAAGUGAAAAUCAGUUUUUGCAUUUUGAGUUGCUCAACAGCCCUUUAUUCCAGUGGGAGGAGAGCCAGCCCUGGCUGCAGAGGGAGGCUUCUUUGGCCAAAGUAGCUGGGAAGGAAGAAGAGGCUGAAUUCUGCUCUUCUGGUCAUCCCCAGGUUAGCUCUGAAGUCUGCCUUACUCAGACUUUCAUUAAGUCAGCAGUGAAUGCAACAGAGUGGGAACUGGGAACGGGGAUUCCACGCUGCCUACAAAACAGGCUCCCUUUGGCCUUAGCAGGAGAGUAGCUUUCCAGUCUAGUUAGAAUGUAUCGUGGGCCUCCCUGCCUUAGUAGAUGGGUCCCACAGGCUGCACUUACCAUUCCCAGCUAUGGCCGUUGUGGGCUACCUAGCAUCUGUCUGCUCCCCGAAAGUCUUGGGCCAUACUUCUCCCUUUUGGGAGAUUUCCCAGGCUUUCUUGCCAAUGGAUGACUGCGUCUGUCUUUCAUAAAACUCGGCAUUAUAUAUGCUGAGAAUGCAUUGGUUUCUUGUGGGAAAUAAUUUUCAAUGGUACCACUCACCUUUCCCCAAAUUAUCCAGGGUCUCUAAGUUCAGGGAGAAGAAGGAAGAGGAGAUGAUGGUACAGCUUAAGAGUUAGAGCAAUGGUUUGUGAAGGGGCCAAAUCUGGAAAGAGUACUCAGUGGGGUUUGACUUGGGGCCAUUAAAAGGUGAACCAGGCUCCCAGUUGCCUCAGGAGUUCCUGAGAAGAGUCUAGAAUGUGCUAGUUCCUCUUGCAGAUGCCUCCAGCUUGACAAUAAUGUGUAAAAAGGAUCAAAUGUGCCAUGGUUUAGAAAAAAAAUUAAAAAAACUAAGAAAAAACUGAGAAAAACAAAACAAAAAAAAGCUUGAUUACUUUUUUCAAUGUUUUCAUACAAAGAGCCAAGCAGUGACAUGUACAGAGAUGCCUUUGAAUAUAUAAAAAAAAAUCUUGCUGUGUGUAAACCAUUGAACAAUUAACUGUUUAUAUUAAAAUUCUGAAUAAAUUAUCGGAGAAUCA